AUGGAAGUUCGACAACUCGGAUUCAGAUUGCAGGAACUCAUAGCAGAGAGCUUAGGCCUGGAAAAGGACUGCCUGAAGAAUGUGUUGGGCGAACAAGGGCAGCACUUGGCCGUCAAUUACUACCCACCGUGCCCGGAACCAGAGCUAACGUACGGAUUGCCGGGGCAUACAGACCCCAAUGCUCUCACAAUCCUCCUUCAAGACAUCAAAGUUGAAGGACUUCAAGUUCUCAAGGAUGGCAAGUGGUUAGCUGUCAAACCCCACCCCAAUGCUUUUGUCAUCAACAUUGGUGAUCAGUUACAGGCACUAAGUAAUGGGAAGUUCAAGAGCAUAUGGCACCGAGCCGUUGUCAAUGCAGACAUACCAAGGAUGUCUGUAGCCUCUUUCCUCUGCCCGGAUGACAAUGCGACAAUCAGUGCUCCAACAACACUUACUAAUGAUGGAUCCUCAGCCCUUUACCGGAGCUUCACAUAUGCCGAGUAUUACAAGAAAUUUUGGAGCAGGAACCUUGACCAAGAACAUUGUUUGGAACUUUUCAAGAACUAA